AGAGCUCUGAAAAUGGCACUGCGGUGUCGGCUCCAAAACCCUAAUGCCAACGAAGUGGUUCGUCUUAGUAUGGAGGGAACAGCUUAUCGGGGGUCGCAUUGCUGUAAAUGUAAGAGGUAAGCUUGGAUUGUUCGAGUUCUAAAUACUACAAUUUUACUAUCAGAUGCCUAUGAUUUCUUCUUCAACACUCCCUUCACUAAAGAAUUGAUAGGAGUAGAGAUGAGACUAAUAAGAAUCUGCAAAAGCCUUGUCUCACUCUCUCUAGAAAACCCUCUGCCGCAUCUCGACAAAACCCCAACUCUCUCCUGCUUAAUCUCUGUGUUAUAUUUCUCCUCCUCUAAACCCAAGAAAUCAACAUCCACUGUAACAGUCCUGGACUACUUGAUCAAUCAGCACCAAUUCUCCCCUGAAGCUGCUCUGAAAGCUUCAUCAACCUUUACUUACCUGAGAAAUCCAGAAAAGGCGGAUUCCGUUCUUUUGUUCUUCAAGGAGAGCGGUUUCUCCCAGACCCAUAUCGAGCAAGUGGUUAAGAGAAUACCCAAGGUUCUCUCUGCCAAACUUGCCGUUUCCAUCAAACCCAAAAUAAAAAUUUUCCAGGACUUGGGCUUUGCACCCGACGACAUUGCCGAGAUUGUAUGCCGUGACCCGUGGAUUCUUUAUCGUGGUAAUCAGAUUGAACCCUCAAUUUUGGUGUUGAAGAGUAUUCUGGAUUCCAAUGAAGACAUCGUUAGGGUCUUAAAGUCUUCAGGGUGGUUUUUGAAUCAUGAUUUGGAUAAGACUAUGAUGCCCAAUAUUGAAUUUCUGAAGCGUUGUGAAAUUAGUUCUUCGCAGAUCGUUAAAUAUUUGUUUAAUUUCCCAAGGUUUUUUCUGCAUAAGCCGGAGAGCAUUCAGGCUUUUGUUAAAACGGUUGAUGGAAUGGGGUUUAAUAGAAAGUCUAAGAUGUUUCUUUCUGCCAUUCGGACAGUGAGUUCAAUGUCAGAAGAGAAUUGGGAACUCAAGUUGGAACUUUUCCGAAGUUUGGGGUUUUCGGAAAAAGAUAUUCUUGAUGUGUUUAGGAGGGUGCCUCAUGUUUUUGCUGUAUCCAAGAAGAAAAUUAAAGAGGUAACUGGGCUCCUGUUUAGCGCUCGGAAUGUAGAUAUCUCUUAUAUUGUUGACCAUCCAGAAUUGCUUAUUUUUAGUGUUGAGCGCAGGUUAAAACCCCGUCUACAGGUUUUGGAGAUUCUGGAAAAGAAAAAUGUGAUUAAUAGGAAACCUUGUUUAGCUACGGUCUGCAAAAUCUCCGAGCAGAAGUUCUUAGACAAAUUUGUACUUCCUUAUUCAAAAGAACUCGCGGAGGUAAAUGAGGCUGGUGGGGGUUCAUAUACAAUUGGAUGCGUACAAUGAUGAGCAUCUACAGGAGGGCGCCAUUCAAAUCAGUUUAUAAGUAGAUGCAUAAUGUUCUGCAAUUUCUUCAAUAUGGGCACUAUGUUCAAACAGAGCUAUCGCUGCAUGAGGAGGGCGUCUAUAUAGUUGGUGUAUGAUGAAUCUAGAAAUAAAUUCCUUGCAUAAAUCAAAUCUCAUUGGGAUGAACUCAGUUAAUUUUGAUAUCCAGUUUGAUAUCAGAACCAAUAUUUCGUCCAUAAAGUUACAACUAGGUUGGAUAUUUGUUCCCUGAUUCAAGUCCAGAUGUUUGCAGCCUUCAUCUUAAUCUCUCCUGCUUGUCGGCCUUCUCUAAUUGGAAGACCAUACAUUCCAAAUUAUGCAUUUGGACGUGGCUAAUACACAAGUUUGGAUGUAUUUGCAUUAUUUUGAUUGCUGGAAUUAGUAAUUAUAAAAUGCCUUCUUGUCUUACAAGAUAUCACUGCCAGAUGUUUGUUUAUCUGAUUUUG